AGAGAGAGAGAGGGAGAGAGAGAGAGAGAGAGAGGGAGAGAGAGAGAGAGAGAGAGAGAGAGAGAGAGAGAGAGAGAGAGAGAGAGAGAAAGAGGGAGAGAGAGAGAGAGAGGGAGAGAGAGAGAGAGAGAGAGAGGGAGGGAGGGAGAGAGAGAGGGAGGGAGAGAAAAGAGAGAGAGGGAGAGAGAGAGGGAUAGAGUGAGAGAGGGAGGGAGGGAGAGAGAGAGGGAGGGAGAGAAAAGAGAGAGAAAAGAGAGAGAGGGAGAGAGAGAGAGGGAGGGAGAGAAAAGAGAGAGAAAAGAGAGAGAGGGAGAGAAAAGAGAGAGAGAGAAAGGGAGGGAGAGGGAGAGAGAGAGAGAAAGAGAGAGUGAGUGAGUGUGUUUCUCUGUGUUGUCUCUCUAACUCUGUGGCUCUAAAACAGUUGAAGUGUGUUUCUGCUCGAUGAGGUUUCUAUGAGGUGAAUAAAUGUUGGUUCAGUUGAUCUUCAGGACGGCUGCAGCUUUAAGAACUUCUGCUUGUUGGAGUUUGAGAGUCUAAAGUUCACAGAGACGCUCCUCGUCCUGGAUUGUAGACAAACUGGAUCCCCCCCUCCCUCGUCUCUCACAGCUCACUCCACUCUGCACUCUCACUUCCUUGUUUCCUUCCCUUCCUUCCUCCCUCCCCCUCAGAUCUACAGUCUUGGUUGGGUGUAACCUCCGUGUGCUGAGCUGAUCCUGCUGACUCACACAUGUUGUUGAGAUCAGAGCUCAGACUAGUUUCACUUCUGAGGAAAUAAAACUCAGUCAGUCGUCGUCGACAGCGAGUGUUGAAAUGGCGCAGAAAGGAGUUCAUCUGAACCGUGAGUCUCUCUCUUGUUCCAUCUGUUUGGAUCUUCUGAAGGAUCCGGUGACUGUUUCCUGUGGACACAGCUUCUGCAUGAGCUGUAUUCAAUCCUACUGGGAUACUGAGGAUGAGAAGAAGAUCUACAGCUGUCCUCAGUGCAGAGAGACCUUCAGACCGAGGCCUGUCCUGAAGAAAAGCACCAUGUUAGCAGGUUUAGUGGAGGACCUGAAGAAGAGCGGACUCCAAGCUGCUCCUGAUGGUUCCUCUGAGGCUGGACCUGAAGAUGUGGUCUGUGACGUCUGCAGUGGGAGAAAACUGAAAGCUGUCAAGUCCUGUCUUCAAUGUCUGGUUUCUUACUGUCAGAUUCACCUCCAGCCUCAUUUUGAAUCACCUUCAUUUAAGAAACACAAGCUGGUGGAGCCCUCCAAGAAGCUCCAGGAGAACAUCUGCUCUCGUCAUGAUGAGGUGAUGAAGAUCUUCUGCCGCACUGAUCAGAAGUCCAUCUGUCAUCUCUGCUGUUUGGACCAACACAAAGGCCACGACACAGUCUCAGCUGCAGCAGAAAGGACUGAGAGGCAGAAAGAUCUGGAGGAGAGUCGAGAAAACAUCCAGCAGAGAAUCCAGGACAGAGAAGAAGAUGUGAAGCUGCUCCAACAGGAGGUGGAGGCUAUCAACGGCUCUGCUGAUAAAGCUGUGGAGCACAGCCAGGAGAUCUUCAGACAGCUGAUCCGUCUGAUGGAGAAACGCCGCUCUGAGGUGGAGCAGCAGGUCAGAUCCCAGCAGGAACGUGAAGUGAGUCGAGUCAAAGAGCUUCAGGAGAAGCUGGAGCAGGAGAUCACUGAGCUGAAGAGGAAAGACGCUGAUCUGCAGAAGCUCUCACUCACAGAGGACCACAACCAGUUUCUGCACAGCUACCCCUCACUGUCAGAACCGGGUCAACCUGCAGACUCAUCCAGAAUCAACAUCCGUCCUCUGAGAUACUUUGAGGAGGUGACAGCAGCUGUGUCAGAGGUCAGAGAGAAACUCCAGGAUCUUCUGAGAGAGACGUGGACAAACGUCUCACAGGCCGUGACUGAUGUGGAUGUUUUACUGUUAGAACCACCAGAACCAGGACCAGCAGAACCCAAGACCAGAGCUGGUUUCUUAAGAUAUUCACAAAGAAUCACACUGGAUCCAAACACAGCAAACAGACGACUGUUAUUAUCUGAUGGAAACAGAAGAGCAACAAGGACAGAAGAAGAACAGUCUUAUCCUGAUCAUCCAGACAGAUUCACUAAUUAUUUUCAGGUCCUGAGUAGAGAGAGUCUGACUGGACGUUGUUACUGGGAGGUGGACUGGAGAGGGUCUGGGGUUUUUGUAGCAGUCGCAUACAAGACUAUCAAGAGAGACGGAGACUCAGAGGAUUGUGUAUUUGGAUUCACUGACAAAUCUUGGAGGUUAUUCUGUUCUAAAGACAGGUAUCGAUUUACUCACAACAAAGUCUUCACUCCUGUCUCAGGUCCUCUGUCCUCUAGAGUAGGAGUGUACCUGGAUCACAGAGCAGGUAUUCUGUCCUUCUACAGCGUCUCUGAAACCAUGACUCUCCUCCACAGAGUCCAGACCACAUUCACUGAACCUCUACAUGCUGGACUGUGGUUACCUUACAGUAAUGGAGACUCUGCUGAGUUUAUGGAAGUGAACUAAAGAGAAUUUUGAGUCCAUCAGACCAAAAUCAUGGACUGAGAUCCUUGAACUCUUGAAAUGUUCUGGUUUGUAAAUGUUUGUGGAUCAGUCUCACCAAAAACUCUGGGUUUAGUUCUUCAUCUCAGCUUUUUGAUUCUUUUCUAAAGAUGCUGAUUUGGUCGCAGCUUUAAGGACAGUGAUUGUGGAGAACUUUGAUUGUUUGUAUUUCUCAUGUUGAAAAAUCUUCAUACAGUUUGAUAUCAACAACAUCAAGAUGAUGGUUUGUUCAAAUCACCUUCAGUUGGUGCAGAUGUUGAAGGUCUGAGACUUUAGAAAAAAGUGAGGUCAAAAUCACAGAAAAAGGACGACCUUAUUUCCUGUCCCAAAUCCAAGCGUCUAAAGUCUUUCCAGUCGUCCCCAAAAACUCUUCAGAUGAUCUGUUUCUUUCUCUGUUUGCUGAAUAUUUGUGUUCAUGUGAUCGAUGGAUAUUUCUGUCUGCUUCUGUUGGAUCAGUGUGUUUGUAAAGACAUCUAGAAUCAGACUUUGGACAGAUCUACAUGUUGUUAUGAGCUUUUCAAUCACUCUAAUAAUAAUAAUCACAUUUAUUAGUCCGACUGUUUGGAUGUUUCUGACUCAGCUCAGAUUGUGGUCAAGUCUCUGAUUGUGGGUAAAAAAAUCAUAAAAAUCCUCAAACUGAGUCACUGAAA